AUCGAGAGAGAGAGAGAGAGAGAGAGAGAGAGAGAGAGAUUUGUUAAGAGGGUGGAGGCCACAUUUCAAGGCACCGAUUCCCCCUCAAAACCUCUUCAGCCAACCCAACGCGACCCUUCCCCCCAACCUCUCCUGCAGAGGCUUCAACUUUCCCCCAACCGCCUCUUCUUCUCGUCUUCUCCGUCUCUCUUCACCUCUCUUCCUCCCUCCCACCAUAUCUAUCCUCUUCUUCUUUUCGAUCUUCUUGUUCGUGAUCUAAUUUUGUAUAUAUGAACAUAUCAUUCAUCGUUGUUAAGAUCUCAUCCUGAGGAUCUGAGGUGCAGAUUUAACCUCUUUUCAGUAGUCAACUUGUUCGCAUAUCUUGCGAUCUCACCGGCGCCAUUUGCCGAGGCCAUGCGGAGAGGGAGAGGAACCGCAGCGGCAACAGCAACGGCGGCGGCGACAGCGGCGGCGGUGAAUAUUGGAUCAGGGGGAGGAGGGGCGAGAAACAUCGUGAAGGAGACGAGAUUCAGAGGAGUACGGAAGAGACCGUGGGGUAGAUUCGCAGCGGAGAUCAGAGACCCUUGGAAGAAGACACGUGUUUGGCUUGGUACCUUUGAUUCCGCCGAAGACGCCGCUCGUGCCUACGAUGCUGCCGCCCUCACCCUCCGUGGCCCAAAGGCUAAGACCAACUUUCCUCUCGAUCCUCUCUCUUCAACCCCUCCUCUUCCUCGUCACCCUCCUCCUGCUUCUGCUGGGGCUCCCCAUCUCCACCCUUCCCUUGGGUUUCAAUACAACAGCCCCAACGACCUUAACUACCCUCCCCACCCCCAGCUGCACCACCAGCAUCAACAACCUCCGCCGCCUCAGAGGCCUACGACUAGCAGUCUAAGCAGCACCGUCGAGUCCUUCAGCGGGCCCAAGUUGUGUUCGUCCACUCCGACUCCGGUUGCUGCUGCCAGGUCGCGACACCGCCGGCGGCACAUUCCCUCACCUUCUGUCCUCCCUGAUGAUUGCCACAGCGACUGUGAUUCGUCUUCAUCGGUUAUUGACGAUGGUGAUAUCGCCUCCUCCUUCCGCAGACUCUUGCCUUUCGAUCUCAAUUUCCUGCCCUUGGAUGACGUUGACGUCGCCGGUGACGAUUUCCAGAGCACGGCUUUAUGCCUCUGAUUGAUGCGUCUGAGGACUCUGCAUCAUCUGGGUCUGCUCCAAUUCUUUCUCUCAUUUCUUCUUUUUUUUUUUUUUUUCCCAGCUCUGCUGAUUUGUCUCUCUUAUCUUACACUUAAUAGAGAGAUGGGAAUGAGAUAAUAGUCUAUCUUGCCAAUGAAUCGUUCGCUUGGUUGGGGUUGAUCAGGAUUGGGUUCCCCUCCCCCCUUACUCCUUUCCCUUUUUUCGAUUUUUGCCCAACUUUUUCUUUGCUAGAUUUUGUGAAUUAUUAGUGUAUGAGCUUCUCCGAUCUGGGGCUUUCUUCAACUUCAUGGGCUUGAAAUCCUGGUCUGUAUUGUUGACGUUAGGUCAUGGUGGGGGAAGAUCGGAUCUGGCAUGGAGUUUUGGUCCCGCUUGAUCUGUUGAAUCUUACCCAUCUUUUUUAUUGUACAAAAGAAAAAAGAGAAAAAUCUAAUUCAAUGAUGAGAAAGAGAAAUUGAAAUCUCAA